AUGUCAGAUAUAGAUUCACUAGAACGUAAGAUUAAAGAGCUUGAAAGACGAUUUACACAAAAAAGCAAAUUGAAGAGAGAUCUUUUUGUCGAAGAUGUUUUAAAAAGUGAUGAUUCUGUCAAAUUUUACACAGGACUAUCAACAAUAGGCACAUUUAACCUACUCUGUGAUGUCCUUGAAUCAGGAGGUAAAAAGCUAAACUACUGGGAUACAAACAAAGGCAAAACAUUGAAUUAUCAAACAACUGACAAAAAGAAAACAGGACCAAAGAGAACACUCUCACUACCUGAAGAGUUAAUUCUAUGUCUUGUAAGAGUAAGACUAGGCAUUACAGGGAGACAUUUAUCAGACAUAUUCCAUGUAUCAGAGACUCUUGUCAGUCACACAUUUACCACUUGGAUCUGUUUCCUCUCGUCUGUUUUCAAGAAAACUCUGUUGUUGUGGCCUAGCAGAGCUGAUAUCAAAAAACACCUUCCACGUUCUUUCAACAAGUACCCCAACACACGCAUAAUCAUCGACUGCACUGAAGUAUAUAUAGAGAAACCUACAUCACCCUAUGCCCAAAAAGCAACAUGGAGUGAUUAUAAAGAACAUAACACUAUUAAAGCACUUGUUGGCAUCACUCCCUCUGGCUACUUCUCUUUUGUUUCACAAUUUUGGAGUGGUUGCACUGGUGAUAGAAAAAUCACACAAGAAUCUGGCCUGUUAGAAUUACUCGAAGAGGGUGACUCAGUUAUGGCUGACCGCGGAUUCAAUGUGAGAGACUUGUUGACAAAGAAAAAAGUAUACUUGAACAUGCCACCAUUUUCGAAAAAAGGAAAACAACUUUCCAGAGCAGCAACUAAGAGCACUCGACAGAUUGCACAGGUGCGGAUACAUGUAGAAAGAGCCAUAGAGCGGUUGAAGGAUUUCAAGAUAUUUCAAGGAAAUAUGCCUCUCACACUGACUCCUCUUGCUGAUCAUGUGUUAGUAGUUUGUGCAGCACUCUGCAACUUACAAAAACCACUUGUAAGAUAA